CAGCGGGGUGGUGGUGGUUGCCCCUCGAAAGCCCUCGGUCGGUAUAAAAGCGAACGGGGGACUCGGAUCUGCAUCCAGUUCGGCUUGGAACUACGCACCUACCCCUUGGAUGAAAUCCAACAUGAAGAAUCUGUUAUUCCUGUCAUUCUUAGUCCUCUUAGCAGUGGCGUUAGUCCGCGCAGAGGCGGAGGAGAAGAAAUCGGCAGCGAAAAAUGACAAGAAGCAGACCAAGCGUGGAUUGCUCAGUUUAGGCUACGGCUAUGGCAGUGACAUCGAUCACGGCUACUCAGUAGGUGCCGGAGGUUACGGUUUGGAUGGCGGAAUCUCGCUCGGAGGAUUAGGAGGUCACGGCUAUGGCAGCUACGGAUCGUUCGAUCUCGGACACUCAGUUGGCAUUGAAAAGACCAUCACCUUGGUUAAAGGUGUUCCAGUUCCAUACCCCGUAGAAAAACCCGUGCCCUAUCCAGUAACCAAGCACGUACCUUACCCCGUUAAGGUCGCAGUACCUCAACCGUAUCCAGUAGAGAAACAUAUUCCGUACCCCGUUAAAGUGCCAGUCAAGAUUGCCGUCCCAGUACCCCAGCCCUACCCUGUUGAAAAAGUCGUCCACGUACCUGUCAAAGUGCCAGUAGACAGGCCUUAUCCAGUUAAAGUUUUGGUACCGCAACCGUACCCAGUCACCAAGCAUGUACCUUAUCCUGUCAAAGUGCCUGUACCUCAGCCUUACCCAGUAGAGAAGCACGUGCCGUAUCCAGUCAAAGUACCGGUUCACGUUCCACAACCUUACCCAGUUUACAAAGAAGUACCAGUUCCAGUUAAAGUUCCCGUAGACAGGCCAUACCCGGUACAUGUUCCUCAACCUUACCCCGUCCAUGUUAUCAAGAAAAUCGCGGUACCAGUAGAGAAACCAGUACCAUACCCAGUUAAAGUUGCCGUCGAGAAACCAGUUCCCUAUCCGGUAGAAAAACCAUACCCAGUAGCCGUUAAAGUUCCAGUACCAGCCCCAUAUCCGGUUGAAAAACCAGUCCCAUAUCCAGUGGAAAAACCAGUACCGUACCCAGUCAAAAUCGCCGUCGAUAGGCCAGUACCUUACCCUGUUGCAAAACCCGUACCGUACCCAGUAGAAAAACCAGUAGCAGUACCCGUUAAGGUACCAGUUGCAGUACCAGUGCACGGACAUUUCGAGGGCGGAUAUGAAGGCGGUUACGAAGGCGGUUACGGUGGCAGCUAUGAUGGCGGUUACGACGGAGGUUACGAUGGUGGCUACCAUACUGUUCUCGUUUGCACCGUCUUCCUCUACUCAAUCAAAGCGGACCAAGAUGGCACCUCCAAAAACAAAAAAAGAAGUCUGCCAGGGUUUCACGGGUACGAUUAUGGCGGCGGUUUGCUGCACUCUCACAUAGGCUUGUCCCAUAUCGGAAUUCCAGAUUGCAAUCUCCAUUCCGCUCAUAUUGCUGUGGAACCAAUACCCAUCAAGGAAAGGGUAGUCACCCUUGUUAAGACGGUAGGUCACCCAGUACCGGUUGUAAAAGAGAUACCGGUACCCGUGAUCAAACAGGUGCCUUAUCCCGUGGAGGUUCAUGUUCCCCAGCCCUACCCAGUUGUAAAAGAAAUAAAAGUUCCGGUCAAAGUUCCCGUUAAAGUUCCAGUUCCGGUACACCAGCCAGUACCAGUUGAGAAAAUUGUUAAAGUUCCCGUGAAAGUACCAGUAGAGCACCCGGUGCCCGUCAAAGUUUUGCAGCCUCAACCCUAUCCUGUCUACAAGGAAGUCAAAGUGCCUUAUCCUGUACACGUACCACAACCGUAUCCGGUAGUCAAGGAGGUCAAAAUUCCUGUUAAAGUACCGGUACAGGUACCUAAGCCGUACGCAGUUGAAAAAAUCGUCCGUGUGCCCGUCAAAGUUCCCGUAGAAAGGCCGGUACCGGUGCAGGUUAUCAAACCAUACCCAGUAAAAGUGGAAAAAGAAGUCAAAGUACCAGUAACUGUAGAGAAGCCCUAUCCUGUAAAAGUGUUUGUUGAUAGGCCAGUGCCAUACCAUGUUCAUAAAGAGGUCAAAGUGCCCGUUAAAGUACUAGUACCGCAACCUUACCCGGUAGUAAAAGAAAUCAAAGUACCAGUCAUUAAAGAAGUGCCAUAUCCGGUGCAAGUUAAGGUAGAACGGCCAGUGCCAUACGAAGUGAUUAAGCACGUCCCAUACCCGGUGGAAAAGAAGAUAGCGUUGCCGAUCAAGGAAGUGGUACCGAUCGCAAUUCAACACGAAGAAGCAAAAAUCGCCAUCCCAGACUGCUAUCAGAAUGAAAGACAGAUAGAUUGGAAAGAUUGGACCAAAUGGUAAAUUAUUGUAUUUGCAAGAGAUGCGUUCAGAUGAAUAUUAUUUAGUCUCUUUGCCGAACCCGCUCGUACUUGUGCAAAAUAUUUGCAAAUUCACGGCCCUAUAUAGCUCUUCAGGUGAUAAAUUGCACUAAUAAUUGUAAAUAGCCAUUUAUGUAAAGUUUGUACUGUCUAGUUACAGUAAUUUUGUAUUCUAUGUUUUGUUUCGUAGGUGCAGAAUUACAUUAUUAUUAUAAUUCGAUAUAAAAUAUAUUUUUGUUAUUUG